AGAAGGCUGGCUGAAGAGGAAGCACGUAGGCUAGCUGAAGAGGAAGCAAGAAGGCUGGCUGAGGAAGAAGCAAGAAGGCUAGCUGAGGCAGAAGAAGCACGUAGGCUGGCUGAGGAACAAGAAGCACGUAGGCUGGCUGAGGAACAAGAAGCACGUAGGCUGGCUGAUAAAAAACUUCGGCCGAGUGGAGUAAGUAGGCAAGAUCAUUCUGCUUCUCUGUUUGAUGGUGGGUUCUCUCUCUCACCUGAUUUGUUGGGGCCACUUGAACAUGAUGAAUGUCUUGCAAGGGUUAAGAUUUCACGUGCUCAGCAAGAUGAUUUUCUUCUUUUAGCACGUGAUUAUAUGAUUUCCAUGCGCGCUGUGGAAGAAGCUUCAAAAAAUGAGGCACCAAAUUUACGUGGUGGUGUUAGUAAUGAAGAUGAUGGAUGGGGUGAUGAUGAUUUUGAUGAAGAGGAGGUUCAUUUUUCAAAGCCUUCUUCUCCUGCUAGGGUUGAUGCUGUUCAGUCUAAACAGGUUGUGUUGGAGGAAGAUGAUGAUGACAAAUGGAGUGAUUGGUAA